AUGGGCGAGCUCAACCAAACCCCAGCGGCCUUCACCCUUCCCACCCACCAGGCCGGCUACGCGCCCCCCGCCAAGGUCGAUGCAGCAGUCGAGGCCGACCGCUUCAUCGCCAAAUUGAGCGCCGCAACUGACGGUGAUGCGUUCGCAGCCUUGUUCCGUCCAGAUGGGUUCUGGCGCGAUUCGCUCGUGUUCACACGCGACUUCCGUACUAAUGCCGGUACGCAGCGUAUCGCCCAGGCCGCCAAGGCUACUUUCGGUAACACGCAGGCGACAGACUUUGCCCUCGCCCCAGCUGGCGCCAAGGUCGACACACCUUUCCCAGACCUCACGUUCCUUACUGUACAUGUCACGUUUUCGUCUGUUCUCGGCCCAGCCUACGCCGUCGCCCGCCUCACAUACAAAGACGGCUGGAAGGUGUUUACGCUGUACACAGCUCUUACGGGGGUGCACGGACACACGCAGCAGAUUGGCGAGGCGCGCGUCCGCGGCACACACAAUGACAAGGAACCGUUUGAUGCGCGGCGCGCACGCGAGACGGCACAUGAGGGCGGCGAUCCCGAUGUCCUCAUCAUCGGGGCCGGCCAUAACGGCCUGACUGUUGCGGCGCAGUGUAAGUCGUUUGGGUUGGAUGCGCUCUGUAUCGACCGCGAGAAGCGUAUCGGUGACAACUGGCGACUUCGUUACAGCUCGCUCUCACUUCACGAUCCAGUGUACACCAACCACCUGCCGUUCAUGCCGUUCCCCUCGACGUGGCCGACUUUUACACCGGCGGGCAAGUUGGCCAACUGGCUCGAGAACUACACGGACGCACUUGACCUCGACGUGUGGACACAGGCGACGACUGACCCGGCCCGUACGCGCUACAACCCCGACUCUGAGCUGUGGGACGUGACCGUCCUGCGCUCACAGGCUGACGGGAGCGUGAGCGAGCGGAUCAUGCACGUCCGCCACAUGGUCCUCGCCACCGGCAUUGCUGGUGGCGAGGCGCGCCUGCCACCUCCUGUGCCCGGCCAGGAAUCCUGGCACGGCUCCAUUCUACACUCGUCCCGCCACCCUGGUGGGGCAGCAAGCAAGGGCAAGCGUGUAUUGGUCGUCGGUGCCGCAACGUCGGGACACGACAUUGCGAUGGACCUCGUGCAAAACGGCGCGCAGGUAACGAUGCUGCAGCGUUCGCCGACAUUCAUCAUGUCCAUUCGGAACGGGACUCAUGUUCUGCAAGCCGGCCUCUUCAACGACCAGACGAACAUUGAAUUCGCGGACAUGACGGCGCGCAGCAUCCCCUCGUCCGUCGGCCGCGCAUUCCAGAAACGUUCGACGGCGUGGCUCUCUCAAGUCGAUGCGGAUCUUCUUGCCGGCCUUAAAAAAGCUGGUUUCCGCACAUACCCCGGACCGGACGGAGCGGGUUUCUGGCCCCUCGCAGUCGAGAAAGCGGGCGGAUACUACUUCGACACAGGAGCGAGCCGCAUGAUCAUCAACGGCGACAUCAAAGUCCGCCAGGGCGAGAUUACGUCCUUUGGACCAGGCAACACCGUACGCUUCGUGGACGGAGACGCCGAGUUCGAUGAGGUCGUCUUCGCAACGGGCUACGGAGGGUAUCGCGAUACGGUGGCGCGCGCUCUGGGCGACGAGGCGGCGGCGCAACUCACGGCCGUUUAUGGGACAGAUGCCGAGGGCGAGAUUCGCGGUAUCGCGCGUGAGUGCGGUAUCCCCAACGUCAUGUUCAAUGUCGGUAACCUGGCGUCAUCACGGACGUUUUCCAAGAACAUUGCCCUCCAGAUCCUUCUGCAGCGCGACGGCAAGCUCGGCGACCGAUACACCAUGGCGACGCAGGCUGCAGAGACUGCAUAG